UAACCAGCCGAACAGAAAACCAGCAAGACGUUUUAGUAUUCGUCUAACGGUGUUGUAGCGAGGAUGUUUGUUACUAUAUAAAUGGUUGCAAUAACUUACGGAAGACAUACUUCAAGUAUUUAAAGGUUAUUUGAAUAAAAAGUAUUGCUAGAUGAGUGAAAACUAUUUAACAGUUAUGUAUCUAAAUACUGUUUUUACGUAUGAUCAUUUCGGCGGGUAAAUUUUCGGUACAAAUUAUAAACGUGUUUCAUGUUUUUAACCAAACAAUAACUUUAUGUGUAAUAUGUUAUUAAUUAAACAAUUAUGAAUAUAAAAGUGUUUAUAUCAAUGAUUACACCAAUGAACUUAAUAAUUUAGUGGUUUUGUAAUGAGUUAAAGAGAGUGAUAAAAUGGCUUUAAAUCACGUACUAUGUGCUAUUAUAGCACUAACUAGCAUUCUAUGUUACUAUAACAGUUGUUACUGUGGUUUCGUGUUCGAUGAUAUUAGUGCUAUCAAGGAGAAUCGAGAUUUAAGGCCCCACUCACCUUUAAUUAAUAUAUUUUUCAAUGAUUUCUGGGGAACACCGAUGCACAAGGAACAAAGCCACAAAUCCUUUCGGCCUCUUUGCGUUCUAACGUUUCGUUGGAACUAUUUAUUCUGGCAAUUAGAGCCUAUGGGGUAUCAUCUCGUAAAUAUGCUCCUACAUUCUGUUGUGUGUCUCAUUUAUUUCAGGAUGUGUUCCAUGUUCCUUCCUGAAUUGUCUAGUUUUGUGGCAGCCAUGCUGUUUGCUGUUCAUCCUAUUCAUACAGAAGCGGUCGCAGGCGUUGUAGGAAGAGCAGAGACACUUUCAUCAGUCUUCUUCUUGGCAGCUUUCAUUCUAUAUACCAAAGCGACGCGAAAUAAGAAAUAUACAGGGUGGAAAUAUCUCAUGCUUUCAAUGGUUUCCAUGGCGACGGCGAUGCUCUGUAAAGAGCAAGGGAUUACGGUGGCUGGAGUUUGUGCAGCAUAUGAAAUUUUCGUUGCUCAAAAGGUCCGCCUUCCUGAGCUCAAAUAUAUGUUAAAGACCGCAAUCAUCUCCAAGUCGCCUUACCCAUGGUCCGGAAAAGCUACAAAAAGACUUGCAGUCCUUGCUUCGACGACACUAUGUCUCCUUUUAGCCAGACUCCAGAUAAUGGGAUCCCAAUUGCCGGUUUUUACUAGAUUUGACAACCCCGCAUCAGUUGCGGCGACACCUACGCGGCAAUUAACAUACCACUAUUUAAUUAGUGUUAAUUUGUGGUUACUGUUAUUCCCUUGUGAUUUGUGUUGCGACUGGACUAUGGGCACAAUCCCAUUGGUAGAGUCUUUUUUUGAUAUCAGAAAUCUAGGCACAAUUGCUACCUACGCAUUUUUGAUAGCUGUACUUGUAACAGCUUUCAGUACAGAAAAUAAGCUACAGAGUACUGUGCUAUUAAUGGGAAUUUCACUGAUGGUAUUUCCAUUUAUACCAGCUUCAAAUCUAUUCUUUCCAGUCGGGUUCGUGGUAGCAGAACGUGUUCUCUAUAUGCCUUCAAUGGGUUUUUGUAUGUUAGUUGGAUACGGUUUCCACGUAUUAUCCCAGAGAAGGUAUACCAAACCGGCUUAUUUGCUUCUCUGCUUGUUAUUGGUUUCUCACGGUGGAAAAACCUACCUGAGGAAUUGGGACUGGGAAAACGAACAUUCUAUCUUUAUGAGCGGAUUGAGGGUGAAUCAAAGAAAUGCCAAACUUUUCAAUAAUGUCGGCCAUGCACUUGAGAGCCAAGGUAAUUUUGAAGAGGCUCUUAAAUUUUUUAAGACUGCUGUAAAAGUACAGGAAGACGACGUGGGUGCUCAUAUAAAUGUAGGUCGAACGUACAAUCAUCUCAAGAUGUUUAAAGAGGCCGAAGAGGCGUACUUGAAGGCGAAGUCGCUUCUACCUAAAGCUAAACCAGGCGAAAGCUACCAAGCGAGAAUAGCGCCGAAUCAUUUAAAUGUCUUCUUGAAUCUCGCCAAUUUGAUAUCGAAAAACUCCACGAGGCUGGAAGAAGCGGACAUGCUAUAUAGGCAGGCUAUAAGUAUGAGGGCGGAUUAUACUCAAGCUUAUAUUAAUAGGGGUGAUAUAUUGAUAAAGUUGAAUAGAACCAAAGAGGCACAGGAAGUAUACGAAAGGGCUCUUCUGUACGACAGCAAUAACCCUGAUAUUUACUACAACUUGGGAGUGGUAUUUUUGGAGCAGGGAAAAGCUUCCCAAGCCUUGGCUUACCUGGACAAGGCUCUUGAAUUCGAUCCGGAACACGAACAAGCCCUAUUGAAUUCAGCGAUACUACUACAAGAAUUCGGUCGAGCCGAUUUACGUAAAAUAGCUAGAGAGCGAUUACUAAUUCUUCUUGGUAAAGAUCCUAAUAAUGAGAGAGUACAUUUUAAUCUAGGAAUGCUAGCUAUGGAUGAUAAAAACAUAGAGGAAGCGGAAAAUUGGUUUCGUCGAGCAGUUCACCUUAAAGCCGAUUUUCGAAGCGCAUUGUUUAAUUUGGCUCUACUACUUGCUGAUGACCAGCGACCUCUCGAGGCAGCCCCGUUUCUUAACCAGUUGGUCAAAUAUCAUCCAGAUCAUGUCAAAGGACUGAUACUACUCGGAGAUAUCUACAUAAAUAACAUCAAAGACUUGGAUGCGGCAGAAAAUUGCUACCGACGUAUUCUCGAAUUGGAACCCGAUAAUAUUCAAGGUCUUCACAAUCUUUGUGUUGUUCACGUAGAGCGAGGAAAACUUCUAGAAGCUCAAUCAUGUCUUCAAGAGGCCCACAAACUAGCACCAGGAGAAGAUUAUGUAUUAAGACACCUUCAGAUAGUCCAAAACAGGAUCACUAAGCUUCAUCUCAAUCCGCACGACAUGGGUGAAGCAGAAGAUAAUCCAAAAGAAAAAAGCAAAGUUGUGUCAAAUAAAAGUAUAGACGAAACUGAUAAGAAGACGAAACCUAUGGUAUCUGGAGAUUCUGAAGAACAGAGAUAUAGUAGUAGAGUAGUUAAUACAGAACCGAUGUUUGUUAAAAAUGUGGAUAAUCCAGAUGAUUUCGAGGAUUAUGUACUUAACGAUAAAGGGUUCACGGAGAUUACUGAACAUAAUAAUGUUUGGAAUGAUGUUGGUAAUGAUAAAGAUGAUCCUUCUUCGGGAAUGUCUUAAGAAAUAAUUCGAGAAAGAGUUAAGGCUGGAUUUUUCUACAAUAUAGAAAUGUUUAUGAUGAGAAUGUGUGAAUUGAUACAAUUUUUUCCGAGUUAAUAUAGUAAAAUUGUUUGGGCAAUUAUAAACAAGUUGAUAUAGAUCAAAGGUCAAUUUAUUAAUUAUGGAUUUUUCACAAUUAAAAUAUGAAUAAGUCGGGACUAUCACGAAUUCAAACAUUUCACUAAAUGGUUCACAUUAGUUAUCAAAUAUCAUUUUGUUCUUAUGACAUUGGCUCCUAAUACAUAAAUAUUUUAUUGAGGAAAAAGAGUCCCAUGUUACGGCCUUCCCAAAUCGCAUUAUUCCUAAUAUAAUAAAAAAAAACUCUUAAUUUCAUUGUGUUCAAAUUAAGAGUAAUAUUCUUCAAGAAACAGUACCAAAAGUUACUUUUGUAACUAAGUAACACAAAAUGUUAAAUAUCUUAUUUAAUUUAUCUCACAUCCAUGCCGCUCAACGUGUCCCUUGAUUGGAUUGAGCAGUUAACUGUUUUCCAUAUUUUUUCAUACCGUUUCAACUUAUUCAUGUAUUUCCUAACAUUUCGCAUAUUUCUUCUCACCCUUUUUUUGAUAUGGCAUCACUUGAUACCAGAUGAAGGAAUUCUUCAUUCACAUUUUCUAAUAUGAAUUGGAAGCUGAGAAUUUUUGUUAUAAAAUUGAUCAGAACAACUUUUAUUAUUGUCCAUCCACAGUUACUUCUCCAGGUUGAUUAUCUUCAACAAGUGUAGUGUCUGGUAAUUAACUUCCGGGAACUAUUAAUAAAAAACAAGCAGCAGAAUAUUUUAUUAUUAACCUUCACAAUAGUCUUUAUUCAACUCUUCUUUGACAUCCUGUAUGCCAAAAGAUGAAGUCCUUUGAGGUAUAAUUUAAACUAGUGGCUAUAUCAGGAUGAUGAAGUAGGCGAUGUUUCAUUUUUUUGCUAAAAAUUCUAGCAUAAUUGGUGAAAUACCGUCGAUAUGAGUAGUAACGGGAACUUCUUUAUCUACUGAUAAAUGUGCUUCGUUACCACUACACACCAACUGCAAUUUGCAUGUUUUUCAACAGAUUUGAUCAAAAAUAUUAUCACGACACGUUGUUGUAAUGUAAGACACUUAUUUCUUUGAAAAAUUACACAAAAACGAAAAACUGAAAUAAAGAACCCCUUUGCUAGACAGAUAUGGACGAAAUGAAGCAUUGUUCCAGUUCCUAAGUUUAGACUAAAUCUCGGAACUUAAUUGCCACACCUCGUAGAUCAUAAAUGUAUUUUUCUGAUUCGAUAUUACAACUAGUUUAGAAAUUCAGUUAAAUUAUAUUUGUACAUCCUCAUAACAAAUUGAUGAUAUUGAAGUUAAAAAUAAAAAAUCGUGUCUAUGAACUUUUAUACGAGCCAUUAGAUGUAGUGUUCAUUCUGUGAUACUCAGAAUAAUCGUUUAUAGUUAUAUUUUAUCUUAAAUAAAUUACAUUCAAAAUUUCGACUCUUCAAAACCAUAGUUUGUUAAAAAGAAAUACCCUAAUGUGACUUAACGUUCACAAUCACAAUUAUUUUGAUUUCUGUAUCUGAGUUAGUUAUACAAUUUGAUUCACAAUGAUAAUGAUAACAUCAAUUUAUAAUAGAAUGAGCAUAUAUUUUAUUCCAAAUGACUUAUUAGGAUUCUUAAAAAAGAAGUAAUAACACAAUAAUAUUUAUUGGUGAAAACACUGAUAAAAAAUGUAGCUUACAAUAACAUAAGUAUCUUUAAUAAUUCUUCGCCCCUAAUGUGGUACAAUUUCAAAAAUAUGAAAGGAAAAAUUUUGUUCCAUGCUACCAAAGAAAUCUUAUCAUAAAUUAUAUUUACAAAACUGAGACUACUGAGAACCUAACAAGAAACUGAAAAUAGAAAUAAUUUUCAAUUGAAAUUAUAGUAUUGCUAUUUCUCUAAACUAUUAUGUUUAUUAAUUAAUCUCUACCUCAACCAAGGGAUCAAUGGCUAAAAUAAAAUGUAAAUUGAAAGCUUGACAAAAGAAAGCACACAAACUAUAUAUUUAGUAAAUAUAUAUUUUUGAGCUUUGAUUUUUAGUUUACCUUGACGUUUUGUUUUUGUUUACGCCGAGAAUUUUCAAAAUUCCAACGCAGUUCAACCCGUGAACAUAGUUUUUUUGUUCAUAAUCCCGACCGCGGACACCUUUCCGA